AUGGCGGCCGACACCGGCGUAGAGGACGGUGCCGGUAAUUACGAGGUUACCGGCAUACCGCCUUUGAUCAUGUCAACACACCUCCUCGUACCGCUGCAUGUAAAAUACAUCCAAGGCCUGGGAGAGAGCAAAGAUGAUCUCGCAUACCACCUGACGGCACAUCUGCGACUCAACGCCAUCUACUGGGGGCUGACUGCACUGAGCAUUGUCAACCACCAGGAUGCUUUGGAUAGAGACGAGAUGAUUGAAUUUGUUAUGAGCUGUUGGGAUGAAGAAGCAGGCGCAUUUGGUGCCCACCCGAACCAUGAUGCACAUAUCCUCGCAACGCUUAGCGCAAUCCAGAUUCUCGUAAUGCAGGAUGCUUUGGAUAGGCUGGACGUACCCAAAGUGGUUAAAUUCAUCCUCUCUCUUCAGCAACCAUCCGGAGUUUUUGCGGGCGAUUCCUUCGGUGAGAUCGACACGCGAUUCUCAUAUUGUGCCGUCAGCGCCCUGUCGCUUCUAGGCCGUCUCCACGAGCUUGACAUUGAAAAGACAACGAACUAUAUCAUUCAAUGCAGAAACUUCGACGGCGGAUUCGGUAGUUGUGUUGGAGCUGAAAGCCAUGCUGGACAAGUAUGGGUUUGUGUUGCAGCGCUAGCCAUAAUGGACCGCCUCGAUGUGGUCGAUGUCCCAACAUUAGCGUGGUGGCUAGCUGAGAGACAGUUGCCAAGCGGAGGUCUCAACGGUCGUCCGGAGAAGCUUCCCGAUGUUUGCUACAGCCACUGGGCACUCUCUUCGUUGGCAAUUCUGAAGAAGUUAUCUUGGAUUGAUGCCGACAGGACAAUUUCAUUCAUACUUUCCGCCCAGGAUAGCGAAGGAGGGGGCAUAGCUGACCGUGCGGGGGAUAUGGUAGACGUAUUUCACACCGUUUUCGGCAUCGCGGGUCUAUCACUGCUCGGAUAUCCCGACCUUCUUGACCUUGACCCUGUUUACUGCAUGCCUGCGGCGACAAUAGAGAAGAUGGGACUUCGAAAGGAUUGGCAAGCUCUGGAACGUCGCACGACAUCGGAAAGUUGA